GAACUUUUUCCGAUCAAUUCUUUUCGACGGAGUUGGAGUAAAGUUUCAUCUUCAGUACAAUGCGACACAGCGUUAUACGAGAGUUUGCCAAAGAAAACUACGGUCCCAGUUAUUAUGUCGUUCCACAUGGUCAAGACAUUACUUUCCAACCAUUGGCACUUAUUGUCAAGGAACGCAGUGCAUUCCGAGGGGGUAACAGGAGGGUCGUUAUGGAGACACUUGACAAAUACCUUGUAGAACACGACAAUUUGAAAUCAGAUGUACGAAAACUGAUUGAGAAACAUUUGGAACGGGGAGAAGAGAGACAGAUGGAUGGCGCAGCGACAGCUUCCAAUCAAUUGGAGGUUGGAGUGAACGUUGAAGAAGUUGUGGCCGUUACAGCUAAAAAGAAUGUGAAUUACGGAAAACUACAGUUAGGAAGUGUACAAGAAGAAUUCUUUAGGGACAUGGGGCUGAGGCUAAUACUAAGCMAAGCAAAACUGGAYASAGCCAAGAUGCGGCCAUAUGAGAAGAAAAAGGCAUAUCUUAUCACGAAUGUAGUGUACAGUUCCAAGCUCGAAAUUACUGGAGACAGAGAAAAGACAGAGGAAGUUGAUGCCCGUGUAGACCUCUCUAGUCGUUUUCCUUGGUUCAACAAAAUGAAAGCGGGCGUCUCAGUUUUUUCGAAAACAAAAGCGCCAUCAGCACUAGGAAGGCAAGAACGAUCUCCAUUAUUAUUUGCAUACGCUAAAGUCAAAUAUAACCCAGAAAAUCAAUCUUUGGAACUGAAGGAAAUUGUCGGCGCUAGGAUUAAAAAAGUGGGAUUAGGAAAUUACGAAGACGUUGUUCCAGACACCAKUGAUAAYAAGAAAGGCGAAAAGUACUUCCUCUCWAAGGAAUUCUSCGUAUUUGAUGACUUAAAGCAUUAUACCGAAAAUAAUAGAGACGCAAARCUACAAAUCAUUACUGAAAUAUUUCAAGAAUCUGGAAGUUUCGAAAACACAAAAGCAACGUUUACUACGUUGGUGAAUCUGGCUUCUAUGGCAGUAAGCAAAGAUGGCAAACGUGUAGCAGUUGAAGUACCAAUAUCGAGUCGUGAAAAAAAUUGGCUUCGAUCCACGGGAACCCACCUUGAUUUCCACAACGACAAGACAAUACUUCAAGUACCAUGCCCUAACAAAUCUCAAGUCCAAGAUUUCAUUCAAAUCUUUCGUAUUUUUAAAAAUAUGGAGAAAGAUGACUGGCAAACGUUCAAAAACUUCAUGGUCAACAACGACGUCGACGAUGCACAAGCCCAUGAUUAAAGACAUCUUCCUGAUAUAUUGAAAUAUUAUUUGAUUUCUCCAAUGACUGUGAUUGAUUCUAUCAACCAUUUGCCGAGCAUUUAUGGAACUCCAUCCAAGAAGGAUGAUGGAACAAUCACUUUUGGGGCAGUAAAUAGCGUAGAUGACAUUAGUGGGUAAUGCAUAUUCAUGAUUGCAUAAUUUAGGAAUCAAUGUACACACGGUAAACUCUUAUUGUUCUUGAUAAAUACUAGUUUUAACCGUGAGA